AUGGAGCAAAGGCCUCUGAAGAAGCUGGUGGAAUCCAUCAGUAAAACUGUCAAGAGCUUCAAGAAAAGUGAGAUUGAAUGUCUCAUACGCUUUUUCUGUAGCUUGGCGGAAAGGCCCAGUGGAAAGCUUGCUAAUGCCAGACUAGACUGCAACACGUUUCGAGGGAUCCUACACAACAUAUUUGGAAUGACUGAUGAUACGUUGAUGAAUAGGGUGUUCUAUGUAUUUGACAAAGACAGUGAUAACUAUAUAAAUGCACAAGAGUGGGUUAAAGGACUGUCAGUGUUUCUCCGAGGAACUUUUGAAGAAAAGAUGAAAUUCUGUUUUGAAGUUUAUUAUUUAACUGGAGAUGGUUAUAUUUCCCGGGAAAAGAUUUUUGACAUGUUGAAGAAUAGUCUCUCCCAGCAGUCCCCCGAAGAAGAAAAUGAGGAAGGAAUAAGGGAGUUGGUGGAAAUAAGCCUGAAGAAAAUGGACCAUGACAAUGAUGGCAAGAUCUCUUUUGCAGACUUUGAAAAAGCGGUAAAAAAAGACAGGCUUUUGUUGGAGGCCUUUGGACCAUGUCUACCAGAUGCAAAGAACUGCCUUCAUUUUGAAGCUCUGAUAUUCAGAAACAAUCAGACUACUAGUUUUUGAACACGAAUUGCUCAAUACCUG